AUGAGCGAAAGCGCUGAAGCAGGCAAGAUAGUCACUCACCAGGAAAUCAUUACAGAAAGCGAGGAUGAAGAUAGCGAUAGCUCGACAGACUUUGAUCCAGAGGAAAUUGAAAAGGAAAUAAUGGGUGUAAAAAGCAUGUUAAGAAGGCAUUGUGGCCGACAUAAGGUGAGGAGGAGGAUUGAGCAUUUUCAUUCACGUGGCCUGCAGCUAUGCAAAUUAAUCGGAACAAAAUGAAAAAAGUUUUUUUCGUUUGUUUUGAGAUUGACUUAUUGUACGGAUUAGUUGUUUCUUGCUCUGCGAUUGGUCAAUUUUCGGUCCGUGACUACUGUGCGGACCAAGUUUUUAUUGUUAAGGGCUGUUACGUCUUUUGUCAGACAGCUAUUCCUUUUUAUUGGUUUAUUUCUUUUAAGGGAAGGUAGCCACAUAACUGACACUCGCGUUUUUUUCGUUUCUUUUGGUGCAUUAUGUUCAACGAGCGCUAUGUUUAUUUCGGGCAAGGGUACAUUGCCAAGUUCUAGGGACUCUAACCAUUAUACAAGUAGGUUAAAAUAUCAUUUUUGACGCAAUUUUAUAUUUAACAGAACGUGGCAAAGUUACAGAGUGAACAUGCUAACUGGCUGAAAAACGAGGUAACACUGACAAAUAAACCGUUAAACUUGGAAGGCUCUAGCACCACAGAGACAAUACAGAAGGUCAACAGAGCAGAAGAUAGGGAAAAAAUUCGCCGAAUGUCCAUACCGUUCUCGUGUGAUGUGGAAGAGACAGACCUUGACAUAUCUGUAACAAGCGGACAGCUCUCAAACGUGCAUCAGGAGCUUCUACACCUGUUUGCAAUUCAUGAUGUAAGUGUGGUUUAGAGGAAAAAUCCAUACUAGUGUAAUGAAAUUUUUCAAAAGCUUCUAUCCGAUAACACAGUAAUCGACUUCUUAAAAGACAGAUUAGUUUGAGAUGGUAUAGCCCGCUUCUUGUCAGUAGCAUUUACAAUCCAUUUAAAAUGAAAUUAACCGACGUCCAUUGUCCAUUGAUCUACCAAAAUAUCGAAGAAGAGGUAGAAAUUAAAAUGAUUCCAUCCUUUUCUGUUGUACCAGCCUCCAUGUUUGCAGUUACUAGACUGCUGCUAUUGGUGCGGGCACUCGGUUUUGAACCCCACCAGUCAUGGACCUGGCCAAUUGAUGAGGAUGGACUUGAGGGCUGUAAAGGUCUCACUACGAAAUGCCCUCCCUACCCCACCCCACGACACAGCCCAUGGGAUGGUCAAAACUCAGGAGAGAUUGUUUCAACGUCACUAGUGGUUCUUUUUCGCUGAGUGAGAGUUUAAAUCUUAAUUUUAAACUAUUGGUGAAAAACUUUUUAAACAGCACCUCAGACGGUUAAUUUGUCCCUAUCCGUUAAGAAGAAUAGGUGCCAGUUUGAAACGACGGUAGCACCUUUUCAGCUACUUUAAAAGUCUGAGUGCUCAGCCUUUCGGGAAGUGUCGACCUAUAAGCCAUCGCUUGCGAAAUACGGGUACUCUAACAAUUGAACUAACCAUACUAAAUAGAGUUAAGUUAUUGAUGUUUAAAUUGUUGCUUACAGGCCAAAUACCAAAUGGAAUGUGAGCAGGAACGACGAAGUGUUGAAAGUACAAAGAACCGUAUGCACGAGGAGUUACUAAGUAACAUGGCACGGCGCAAGGCGCGAGAAAUAUUUGAAAUGGAAAGACAAAGAAAAAUAGAAGAAAUGAAAAGGCUAACCGAGACCGUGAGUGCAGAAAGCAUUGCUAUGGCCGAAACCAACGAUCGACUGAGUCAUGUGCAUGAGGAUUUGAAAAAUGCUUUCAAGCGAAUGAGGGUAAGUAGAUGUUCCAACAAUUGAAGUGCACCUACUAGAUUUACAGUCAAACGGUACCCCAUAGAUUUCAUCAAUGAUUUCAUAAUAAGCUGGUUUCAUAACAAGUUCCAUUGUGUUUCAUAAGUAUGUUUUAAGGCUGAGAUAGUGCCACUGGGUGACAAAGGGAAAAUAUGCAUUGCGUCUAAUGUGCAAUUAUUUUCAUCAGACUUAUCAGUGUCAACGAGUGAACAAGCUUUAAGGCGCUUUUGAAAAUUUUUCGAGUCUUUUAAAAAAAUUGCUUCAAAGAAAGUCUUUCUUGCCCCAUGAUGACAAUGCCGAGAUGACGUUCUACGUCCACUAUAAAUUGAUGACGUGUUCUUGUCUACUUAUCUUUUCCAACAUAUUGGUUUGAUUAUCAAUUUUUUCUGUUUUUACUUUUGCAUUAAAGAAAAGCAAUUUGCUAAAGAAAUGAAGUCAAACUUGCCAUUUUUGAACUUAAAAAAAAAACAAAACAAAAACAAAAAACAAAAAGACAAAAAAGAACAAUAGAACCAAAGAAUGAAAGAAAAAAAUUAAGCCAAAAUAAAAUCGAAGCGUGAAGGCAAGCUUUACAUUCUAGGUUGGUUGAUGAGCAAUGUUCUUUCCACUAGGAUGCCAAAGCAGCUAAAGAAGACCAAGACCGCAAAAGAACGGAAGAAUUAAAGGAGAUGAUGUUACAGGAGAUAAGAAGGAGACCAACAGGUAGCGAGCUGGACGUAAUGGAAAAAGAAAGGAAAAGAAGAGAGGAGUUAUAUCAAGUACAGCUGAAUGAGCGAAGGCAAUCACACGAGAAUCUGCUGCAAGUUCAAGAACAAUUACUGAAAAUCUUCGCUAAACUUAAGGUUUGUUCAGAACGCGGUAUUAUUUUUUCCAGAUUCUGUAUUCACCAUGGCACUUCCAGAGAGCAUCUCUUUGUUUUCAAUUAAUGUAAUCGCAGUCGAGAGAUAAUAGUGGGUUCCAUAUGAGUUGACGACCACCUUACGUCGGAGAAGCUGUAAUGUGUAGAGUUAGAGGUGUAAUGUGAGAUCAAUUUUGUGUGCGGAACAGUUAGGACAUUCUCAUUUUCAAAAAUAAACAAGGAACCAAUUCUUAGCCUGCCACGCGCCUCGUUCAGCCGCCUUUUUUGCAACCAUGCAUAUUACUUUCAUGCGCCUGGUACACAGGCUACCGAUAAACCGAAGCGAGUAACUCUCGCGGGGCGUUUUCACAUACCAGUGUAUUAAGUUUUGGUGGUUUUUAGCCAAAAUUUGUUGUAUCACAAAAGCGUUUUGAUUUCUAUAAUAUACGCAGAGAGAAAAGAAGGUUAAAAAGAUUGAAACGCGCCAACACCAAGAAGAAAAUAAGGAACGUAUGCAGGAGGAGCUGAUACGAAGGUCUCUCCAGAGGGAGGUGUCCAAACUAGAGGCACAGGAAAAGGCCCGAAGGAUCAAAGAAUCGAAGAGUCAUAUUGGCGAGGGUGAUGAUGCUAAAUCCAAGGCUAUUGACAUGUUGGUUGACGUCCAAAAACAGUUGCUGGAUGUUUUUGCUGUAUCCAAGGUUUGAUUUCUAGUUUUUAAAUUAACUAUAUUAUAUUAAACAAUUAGGCUAUGUUCGCACAAUUAUACCGGAUAGCUUUUCGUGCCCACACGAAAAGCUAUCCGGUAUUGCAUGAACGCUUAUCCGACUCUCCACUAUACAGAUGGGCGUGGCGCGCCUUUGCUACGCCAAUCCCGCAGAAAUCACCGUUCUUAUGUGGGAACAGUAGCCCUAUCCGGUAUGAUAAAAGCUAUCGCGUGAACAUAACCUUUAUAAAUCUUGUUUGUUCAUAAUGUGUCACAUUGUUGAUGGGCUCCUGCCUUUAUUGGAGAACACAUAAAUUGUGAUGACUAUGACUAAUAGAUCGGUUCAGCAUUUUUUUUCUUACUUUAGUCCUUUCAUUAUCUGUUGCUUUAUACCGCCAUUUUUUUACUUCGGUAUUUUACUUUUGCGACUAAUUGUAUUGCCUUGGUGCAAGCAAAGAUAUGGAAUGAGCAAGCAGACCAGUUUUUUUAUUAUCAUAUUUUAUUGCUAUAUUUUGUUUUGCUAAAUGAAUCCUUUCUUGACAACAGCUCCAGGACGUCAAACAUCGAAUGGACCAACUAAAGGUUAUGAACUGUCGUCAAAAUAUGCUACAAGAAAUCCGUAGCCGACGAGUGGACAGAGAAAACAGCAGCGGCAUAACGUAGGUAGUACAUGCGUGAACAUAAAAUAACAUGCAGACCCACGGUUAAACGAGAAAGACCGUGGCGUUUUAUUUGUCGUUUCCAGAGGCUGUGAUUCUUUUGGUCAGCAGCACUACAUGGAUAACCGGCACGGAGCUUCUUUGAAAUGCCCGCAAUCUCGUAUCCAGAGUCCUUGGGCUCUAUGGUCAGCGGGUGGUCGCCAGGCGUAAUUACUUCAUAUAUGGUAAUUAUAAUGUACCGAUAUAAAGCUUUCUAUGAAGUACCUAACUUACGAAGGGACACCCGCUGACUAAGGAGCCCGAGGACUUUGCGCACGAAAUUGAACUGUCCGUCAUGUACAUGAAUAGCAGCUUUACAAGAUACGCAGUAGGUGGUUUGCAGUUGAUAAAAGAACUCACUUUUCACAAACUCAUAGAGUUUUUGCUUAAACAGUCUAGUGAAAAUUAACUUUUCUCACCAUUUUUUAAAAUUCGUAUUAUCUCAACAGACGUAAGUCUAUUGUAGCUGUUCACAAGCCUGGAAGAAGACUGUCGUUAAUUGGUGAAAAACUUCAGCAUGAAGUUACUCAUUCUCCCUCUCGUGAUGUUAGUCAAAACUGA